AUGGAAAUUUCAGACUCUCGAUCUUCCGAUGGUCGUACUGGAGUUCAGGAUGAACCAUCUUGGCAUCUGAUUGUGAAGAUCAUCUCCACUAGAGUCCCUAAACUUUACCCAAACAGAAUUGAAACUGUACAAAACAACUUUUUGGAUGAGUCCGAACUCACCACUAACUCGAGUCAACGUUGCUUAACCUGCCAGAUUGGACAAAAUGCGCGCUUGCACCAAACCCAUUAUUUUUGGCUGGCGCCUUCGCGCGCGCACAUCGCGCAUACGUCUUCAAAAAGCCUGUGAUUUUGCAAGGCCAAACAUGUGCCUCAAUAGCUCAGUUGGGAGAGCGUUAGACUGAAGAUCUAAAGGUCACCAGUUCGAUCCUGGUUUGGGGCAAUCCUUUUUUGCUUUUUUUUUUUCAAAUUUACAAUAUCUGGAAUUAUUUUUCAGCCGCUUUAUCUCAAACGCUGAUACAAAAUGUGUCAAAAGAAUAUGGGAUAAAUGAGCAUACGGGAUAUUAUUCCAAUUUUGUAAUUUAUCUGGUGUUCACGUUUGGCCAUUUUGUGGCAACACCGAUUGUUGAAAUAAUCACACCCAAAUGGUCAAUUGUUUCGGGUCUGAUAGGAUAUGGACUUUACGAAGUAUCUUAUUUGAUUUUCAAUGAUACAUAUAUGUAUAUUGCUGGUGCAUGUGCUGGAUUUUCAGGAUCACGUGAGUUGUAUUAAAAAUAUCUGAAAUUCCAAGUAUUUUAGUACUGUGGACUGGUCAAUUUGAUUAUCUUGCACAAAACUGUAAGCCUGAAACUCUCGAUCGAAAUGCAUCAAAUCUUUGGGGACUCACACAAGCUUCAAUUAUUUUUGGUGGAAUUUAUCUUUUGAUUAUUUAUCGGUUUCAAGAAGGCGAUGAUUUUCCUGUUCCAUUGGUAGUUCUUUGAUUAUUUUUCGAAAAAAUCUUCUAUUUUUUAGAUUCGUUUAAUUGUCGGCUCAUUUUUGGUUUGUACAUUGAUCUCAAUUAUAAUUGGAAUAUUUCUACCUGCUCCAUCUUUCAAAGUUCCGAAAAGAGAAGUUGGAUAUAUCGAACAUUUAGGAGAAAUUGUCAAAAUUUCUUACGAAAAAGAGCUUUUAUUACUUUUCUUCACAUUUUGUUAUUCAGGAUUGGAGCUCUCUUUUUUCUCAGGUAAUUUUUCAUUUUUUUUAACGCAGAAUAAUAAUUUUAUUUUUUAUUAUAGUCGUUUUCCCCACAAUGGUUUCAAAUACAAAAGCUCUUGGAAAAACGCGAGAUCUCAAUGCGUUUUGUUCAAUUUUCAUCGGCGCCGGCAAUGUUUUGGGUAAGCUCCGCCCCUUUUGCAUGCAACAGAUAGCGAGGCGCGUGGCAAGCCAAGUGUCGGCUGCGCUGUUUAUUGAAAAAUGGGGAGAGAUAGGAUGGCGUUACCUUUUUACACGCCGAGGAUGAGAGUUUGCGACUAGGGCGGUCAUACAAAAUAAUGGUGAUUUAGUCCAUUCUGAUGGCGUUUUUAAAAGGAAAAACAUAUUUUUGAAAAAAAAGUGAAUUUUAUUUCAUUUUUGUUAGAACUGAAACGGUGGAAUAGAAGAUUUUCAGUUUCAUAAAUAAUUGAUGGAAAAUAUUUUUUUUCAGGCUGUGUUGUGUUAGCCUACCUCGGCCCAAAAGUCCGGACUAUUGGUCGACAUAAUGUGUUAAUAAUUGGUUCAUUAUUCCAUUUGGCAGUCUUUGUCAUGUCAUUUUUAACAUUUCCCGAAGUUUCCCCAUUAUCUGAAUCAACUGAUCAAGCAAUUUAUCCACCAUCAAAAUAUAUCGUCUUCAUUUCUGCACUUUUCCUUGGAAUUGGUGACACAAUUAUCAACCAACAAUGUUAUACAAUUUUGGCUGAUAUUUAUGAGCAUGAAAAAAGAAUCAGCGCUUUCGCUGUGUAUCGUUUCUUUCAAAGCGCUUCUAGCUGCAUUUUAAUGUUUUCUGCUGCAUUUUUCAAUUUAUCCACACAUUUGAUAGUUUUAAGUGUAACUUGUAUAUUAUCCAUGAUAACUUUUCGACUGAUUAAAGUUGUUCCGCAAAAAAUUAGUGAGCAAGAAUUGUUGCAAUGA